CCAAAAAUUAUCCACCAAACCUUUUCCCCUUUGCUCCUAUUAUCUCCUCCUCAUCUCCUCCCCCUUGUCUGAUCUAAUGGGAAAUGGGGAAACUUUCACUUUUGUGUAAAUCACUUUAUACAGAACGAAAACGAAUAAUGUUGCUGUGGGUAUUGCUGCUUUUUGGAACUGCAGCCUUCUCCACAGCCAAGACACCCCAACAUGGACUCAUCUCAUCCCCCAACUACCCCAAAACGUACCCCAACAACCAGCACAACACCUGGAAUAUCACCGUCAACCAAGGGUUUCACAUUUCAUUAAAGUUCUUGGUGUUUGACUUAGAGCCGUCAGAUGGAUGUAACUAUGACUAUGUCAAGGUGUUUGACGACAAAAGGGAAAUGGGUCAGUUCUGUGGGCCCAAAAGCUCCAGAUCCCACCCAGGUUAUCGCCUCUUUAUCACACAUGGGAACCAAAUGAAAAUUGAAUUUCACUCGGAUUUCUCCAAUGAGGAAAAUGGUUCGGCUGUCUUUUAUAAAGGAUUCCAGGCGUUCUACCGAGCUGUGGAUGACGAUGAAUGUGCAUCUCCCAAUGACAACAGCCUUACAUGGAUCCAGCCAUGCCAGCAUUUUUGUCACAAUUAUGUAGGAGGGUAUUUCUGCUCCUGCCUCCCGGGAUAUCAGCUGGAGAGUGACAAUCGGUCUUGCAAAGCACAGUGCAGUGACCAUUUGUUUAUGGAGGAGUCUGGAUACAUUUCCAGUCCAGGGUAUCCUCAACCGUACCCACCGGACCUCAACUGCACCUAUCGGAUACGACUGGAGGAAGGGAUGCAAAUCUCACUCGAGUUCAUUGAGAUCUUCGAUAUUGAUUAUCAUCCACGGGCUCCAUGCCCCUAUGAUACACUGAAGAUAUUCGAAGGACAUCAGUUAGUGAGGAGUUUAUGCGGGAGACGUGCCCCAGAAAUGAUCCAGACGAAGAGCCAUGAGGUGGACAUCCUGUUCCAAACGGAUGACUCUGGGGACAACAGAGGGUGGAAGAUAUUCUACACCUCCGAGGCCGUCCAAUGUCCGAAGCCUGUCACCCUGGACGAAUUCUCCACUGUUUCACCAAUGCAAGAAGUGUACAGAAUGCAAGAUUACUUUGUGCUGUCCUGCCGCACGGGAUACAGGUUGGUGGAGCAGGAGGGCAGAGAACUGAGCGUCUUCACCGCUGUCUGCCAGAAAGAUGGCACGUGGCAUCGGCCGGUACCCAGAUGUGAAAUUGUCAGCUGUCAGGAACCAGAGGUUCUGCGUAAUGGCCGCCACAUGUUCCUGACUGAACCAAAGAAGGUGACGUACCAGUCCAAAAUAGUCUACUCCUGUGACGAACCGUACUACAAGAUUGUGACUCACAAAGGGAGUGACACUUUUACCUGCUUAGAAGAUCGUGUGUGGAAGGAUGAGAAUGGAGAGCAACAGAUUCCAAUUUGUUUGCCAGUGUGUGGACAACCACAGAAUCCUGUCGCUGGUUUAAGUCGCAUUAUAGACGGUAAAGAAGCUGAAAAUGGGAACUUUCCUUGGCAAGCGUUCCUGAAGAGCCCCGGGCGAGCAGGCGGCGUUCUGAUUGACGAGAAAUGGGUUCUUACCGCCGCUCAUGUUCUAAAACCGGAUAGGAGCACCCGGGCCCUUGAUAUCAAUAACUUGCACGUGUUUCUCGGUGACGUAGAUGUCAAUAACCUGGUCAAAAAUGGCCUUGCCAAGGUGAAAGCUUUUCACAUCUACCCAGAUUACACCACAGAGAGCCACGACCAUGAUAUCGCUCUGAUCGAACUAGAGAACCCGGUGACUAUGGGUAGCAAUGUGUCUCCCAUAUGUCUUCCCGAAAACAGCGAGGUGUCUCUCUACGAGUCCGGUAGGGUCGGCUACGUCAGUGGGUUUGGAAUCACGGAAGAAAACAAAAUAACCGACCACCUUCAUUAUGUGAUUUUACCUGUGGCUGCGAGAGACAAAUGCCAGAAGCAGUUAGUCAGAAAUCAGGCAGGUGUGAAAACCGGAAAGCAGAAAUUCACGGAAAACAUGUUCUGCGCCGGGUUCUCUGAAGAUGAGAAUUCGCGGAAGGACUCAUGUCAAGGAGACAGCGGAGGCGCAUUUGCUGUUGAAAACAGGGCAGAUAAGAAGUGGGUGGCCACGGGCCUGGUGUCGUGGGGUAUAGAUUGCGGUCGCGGUUAUGGCUACUACACCAAAGUUGUCAAUUAUAUUGAUUGGAUUAAAAGCCACAUAGGCAGAUGAUGGGAGUAGGACUCCUCAUAGCAUUUGUUAUAGACCCAGCAACCUGAAAUUAUGUAAAAAAUACAAAAAAUAUAUGAAUAAUUGCCUGGAUCUGAUGCAAAUGCUUCACCGUAUCAUAAGAGAGCGCAGCGAACCUACCAAAGGGGUUGUACCAGUAACAGCUUAUUAACGUGUCCGAUUGGUGGGUAUCCGACCGCUUAGAUCCCCACUGACCAUCAGAAUGGGAGCCCAUGUCCCUCGUUUGAAUGAAGUGGUGGUCGAGGAUGUAUUCUGACUCUCUAUUCAAAGUCUUUGAGACUGAGGAAGAUAGCUGAGUAUCGCGCUCAACUGUCAGGCCCAUAGAGACAAAUGGAGCGGCAGCGCACAUGCUCGACCACCACUUUAUUCAGUAGGAGGACAUGAGGCCCUGUUCUUGUGAUUGGUAAGGGGGUUUUCGGCUACGCCACCAAUCAGACGCUUAUCACCUGUCCUAUAGAGAGAUGAUAAGUUUUCAUUCUGGAAAACCCCUUUAACCCAUGAGUAACCAAGGGUGUUAGGCUCAACCGGCUAUAUAAUAUUGAUUUAAAGAAAAAUACUACAGCUUGAGUGAUGUUUGAAAGUCUGGUUGCUAUGGACUUUCUACCUAACAACCACAGGCUUCUAAUAUGGGCCUAUGAGAAAGAGUUGAGAAAGAGUAUCCAUAGCAACCUAUGGCCUAGAUUGGAAUGGGACUAUCAUUCCCCUAGCAGUCGGACAGGGACCCAGCCAAUCAACACUUGAUCUCUGAGGAUCGUCCAUCUUGCCCUCUGAUUACACAACUAAAAUGAAAUCAUACUCGGCUCAGUCUGCUCAUGUGCGAUGAUAUGGCACGUGGGGAGUGUGUGACAUUUUUUGUGUGGCUGUUAAACAUUUUACAAUUUGUUACUUAAUAAAAAUGUACA